AAAGAUUCUGUGGAAGCACGUAAGCUCCAGCUAGUGCGGGGAUUCCUUCCCCCGCAAUACUUGCUCCAACUGGCGCAAUCGCAGCCACAUGUCGCUUUUUCCUUUUCUGCUUCGUACCUACGGAGUAGUGAUACAAGCACAUGGAGGUACGCUUGGCUUCAUCUGUGUCCACAGAAAUUUGACUCUCCUGCCGCAGAUGCCCCCCAAAGCCCGAGGCCCCGGCCGCUCAGGACCGCGCCGCCGGACGGGCUGUCUUACCUGCCGCUCGCGAAAAGUCCGCUGUGACGAAGCAAAACCGACCUGCGCCAAUUGCAUCCGGCUUAGACUGCAUUGUGUCUAUGGGAGCGUUAUAGUCUCGGGAAUAGGGGAUAGGGAAAGGUCGACACAGUCAAGAACACGAGCACGGUCGUCAACGUCAAGUACGACGCAGGACGCAGAGGAGCUGGAGUCGCCCCGGUCAAAUUUCGAUGACAAUGCAAACGCCAGACACCUACGCACGCUUGUGCGGCAAAAUGAGCGCAUCGGGACCGGAUUUGAGACUGGCCAGCUUCACCGUGAUAUCCAUUUACUACCUCAGCAACAGCAGCAGCAACACACUUUGAGCCCGGGCGUCCUUCCGGCCCAGGACUUCAGCAUCCCAUUUGACAUGCUCGGAUUUAUAGGCGAGAUUACGUCGGACUUCCAACAAAAGCAUCUGGAUCUUACAAAGCGGAGUGCUAUUGGUCCGGCUAUGGCCUCGCUUGAUGGAGGAAUAUUCCAGGACGAGCGACAAAUGGCGUGGCGUCCUGAUGAAAUGGUGGAUAUGGGUGCCCUACCGGAGACAGAAAUGGGCUCUCCGCAACAAAUUUUAAGUGGUGGAGGGAUCUGGGAGGAGCAAUUGCUUGAGUAUUUCCGGGAGAGCGAACCUCCACCUACGAUCUUCGGACCUGUCGAUCUGGAAUGGGGAUACGUGAGGGAUAUAAUGCUUGCGCAGUCGGAUGACUGCCAGGCUUUAUUGCUAGCAAUUUACUGCUACUCGGAUAUGCACAAGUCAUGGAUCGAUGAAACGCAAUGGAAGUUCGGUCCGGGUUAUCAUGCCCAGGCCAGUGAGAAAAUUCAGGCCUGUCUACUCGGGGAGAUGGGCGAAUCCUUGCUGAAGAGAGUGUUUGCAAGUGUUUUGCUGCUCAUGCUAGCUGAGCUCAUUUCCCCUGAAGGUUGGCGCCCUGCAACACCCUUUCUACACACAGCAUACCUACUCCUCCAUCGUUUCCACCACCGCACAACCAGCUGGACUGGCUCCGCUCACCUGAUCGCCUCCUGGGUCUCCCUUCUGGACAUAAAAGCCCUAGUCGCCGGCCGCGAUGGCGACCCUCUCGCUGAGAUGGGCAUGAUCACGCCCAAAUCAUCCAAGGACACCGCCACCACGAACUUGCCCCAGCCAAACGAAGUCGAAGAAGUUCACAACGGAGAUCCUGAUCCUCUCCUCACAGUACCAACCUACCUAAUAACUUCCUCAAUAACCCUCCCCGCAUUCACCUUCUUCCUACGAACCCAACAACUCACCCGCAGGAUCGUCGUCAUCGACCUCCAUCACCGCACACGUGGCACAGUAUCCGACGAAUUCGAAGUUCUCCAAAUCGCACAUACCGUCUCCGCAGACCUUGAAUCUCUUUGGAACUCCCGGCCCCCCAUCCUGGACAUUUACUCAUCAACGGGUGCGGAGGGGAACAAGCUGCACGAGCUCCUCGCACCCAAUGUAGCGAUGAGCAUCGUGCGCACAUUCAGAACGUAUGUGGCGAACUUCCUCGCUCUGUUCGUAUACCUGCAUCGAGUAGCAUUUGCGAUAUACCCACGGACAGACCACGUAUAUCGCGCUGUGGAUCAGAUCAUUUGGCUUGCGAAGGAGGAGGCCAAUCGCCCACCAGGUGGUAAUAACAAUAUCAAUAAUACUGGGGAAGUGGGUGCCGGCGGAACCGUCCCGAUAGGGUUCGUCUGGCCGCUAUUCAUUGCUGCAUUGGAAGGAUCGAUUGAGCAACGCAGUUGGAUUAUGGGUGCAUUGCACAGGAUGGCGGCUUCGACACCUCAACGUGAGCUGGGGGGCGGGACUGGGAUGGGAAUGGAAACUACUGGAGCAGGUCGGCAUCCGAACGUGGGAAAGGCGCUGGUGUUGCUUGAGGAGAUGAUGAGAAGGCAGGAUACGUCGAGGACGUGGGCGGAUUCGAAGUGUGUGCGGCAGGAGCUUUUUGCGGACUUUUUUGUUAUGAUAUGAGUGAUGUUGCGAUGUGAGAUAUAUCUAAAAUAUUAAUACGUAGACUGUACUCCAGAGAGAAUCAAAGAAUGAUGCCGUAAUUCGUUAUUUGAGCACUUUCCUCUUUGCUACGGAUAUGCCUUUAGAGACAUAAGGACUUCCGAGGUUUAGAACUGUUUGACUGUUCUCUGGAACCUCGGCGGACUGCGCAUAAACUUCUCAGGCUCAUCUCUAGCCCCCUUCUUCCAAUAAUCAUACUCCAUCCACGCGUUCUCUGGCAUCUGCGCCUCCGUCGCCUCCAAGAACUCCCCAAGAUCUGGAUUCAACGGAAUUACGCCCGUCUCAAUAACAUACUGAUCCCAGAGCUUAAGCAGCUUCGCCAGCCGCUCCGGUUCCUUCUCAGCGAGAUCAUGCACCUCACCGGGGUCCUCGACCAGGUUAUACAGCUGCCAGCGCUCGGGACCCUUGGGUUUAGGGAUAUACACGAUCUUCCAGUCGCCGAAGCGGAGGGCUGCGCGGCCGCAGGUUUCCCAGCCCUGAAUAAAGUCCUUUUCGUGGAUGCGGUCUGCAGAGCCGGUCGCCCAGGCGUGGAAGGAUUUCCCACGCAUGGGGACGACUUCGCGGCCGUUGUAGUGCGGUGCUGGGUGGGUGACGCCGGCCAUGGAGAGAAUUGAGGGCGCGAGGUCCAUAACUGUUGCAAACUGGUCGGUUAUGGCGCCGCCUUGGGCGUUGGGCGAUGUAGAGAUUGAGGAGGGGAAGCGCGCGAGGAAGGGCACGCGGACGCCGCCUUCUGUUGUGUAGGCUUUGUAGAGGCGGGACGGGGCGGUAGCGGCCUGCGCCCAGCGUGGGCCGUACCAGAUGAAGGAGUUGCCGUUUCCUAGAUUCUCGUAGCUGUUGUCGUAGUAUUUGAGGAGGUGGGGGAGGACGCCGCUUUGGACGAGCGGAUAGGCCUCGUAGGCGGCGCCUUCCGCGCCGUUGUCGGACAUGAAGCAGACGAAGGUGUUCUCGAGUUCGUCAAUUGAGGAGAGAUAGUCGACGACUUUGCCGACGUUGGCGUCGAUGCAUUCGACCAUCCCGGCGAAGACUUCCAUUGCACGGCAGGAGAGUUUCUUCUCGUUGGGGGUUAGGGUUUCCCAGGGCUUGCCUUCGCCUUCGUCGACGACGACGGGGUGGGCUUCGACGUCUUGUCGAAUCAUACCGAGGGCCUUUAGGCGUUCGAGGCGUUUCUGCCGUAGAGCGUCUGGACCGUCGUCGUAUACACCGCGGUAGUGAUUGAUGUAUUCACGGGGUGCCUGGAGGGGCCAAUGUGGGGCAGUAAAUGGGAGGUAGGCGAAGAACGGCUUGUCCUCGUCCGCCUGCUUGUUCUUAUGCCAGUCUGACAGGUAUUCGCGCAGCUUGUCACCGUAUCCAUCGGACGAAUACCAUCCCUCCGGCAAUUUGCGGACGUACUUGUCAUCCUCCAUAUGCAACGCGAUAUAGCUCGCCUCAAGGAAUGUCGGGGUAUCAUCGUUGCCCUGGAGCUGCGGUUCAAAGGCGUAGUGAUUCGAGCAGGCUGGAAGAUGAGCAAGGGAGCGGUCGAACCCGCGCUUGUAAGGCGAACGCUCCGGCGUUAGGCCGAGAUGCCAUUUUCCAGACAUCAGGGUAUGGUAACCGGCGUCGCGCAGGAUUUCGGGGAGGGCGACAACGCGUUCGUUCAGAUAUCCCUCGUAUCCGGGCAUACCCCGCUGGGGAGCCGUAUCCGUGCUCGAGCCCUUGGGACCGUUUUGGCCUGAAAUGUUGGUCCAUUCGAUCAGAUUGCCUAGACCGGCGAUAUGGUGAUCUGUUCCGGUCAUAAUCAUGGCGCGCGUUGGACUGUGCACUGUUAUUCAUCUUCCCCUCCUUCUCACUCAAUGGUCACAACGUACGAACAAGCAGCGGCGGCAUGGAAAUCCGUAAACCGCACGCCCUGCUGAGCUAUCUUAUCGAUGUUCGGCGUGCGGAUCUCGCUGCCGAAGCAGCCAAUGUCGGAGAAGCCCAGAUCAUCGGCGACGAUAACGAGGAAAUUCGGUCGUUUACCCAUUUUGUCUGUUCGACUUCUGUUCAAAGCUGGACGAGGCCAUUUUAAGGCUCGACGAUAGCUGUAUAUAGCUGAUUGAGACGCACAUCGUCUAUCGGCUGUCGGCAGAAUGCUUCAAGCUGCAGCGUUGCUCACCCCUCACUCUCAGUUUCCCCA